AAUACUAAGUCAAUUAUUGUUUUAACUAUUGUGACGAAAUAAAUUGAAAUACUUCUAUCGAUUAUUGCCAAGCUCAAGAAUAAUAGAAUGUAUUUUUUUAUUUCAAAGCUUAAUUAGUUAUUUAUUACCUUCAAAUAAAGAUAAAUUUGAGAUUUUGCAAGUGUCCUAAAAUUGUCAACAUGGACCACAGCAUUUUAAAUAGUGAUGAGCUUCACACUCUCAAUUUAUCUGGCCAAGGCCUCAAGAAGCUCACUAGAGGUCAUUGUCCUGAAGAUGCGCACAAAGUCACUUCACUGUCUCUCGACAGUAAUGAGCUCCAGAGGCUCGACAAUAUUGAUGGAUUUCCUAACUUAAUUGAACUGAGUGCAAAUCACAAUCAGCUGUUACGCAUGCACAGUGUCAAUCGUCUGCACCACCUCGUACGCUUGGAUCUCUCGCACAAUAACCUGCUCAGUAUAGAGGGAGUGAAGGACCUUCAACACCUCAAAUGGCUCAACCUGUCAGGGAACAAUAUUAAAACUAUCGAGCAUUUACACACGAACACAAAUCUAGAAUAUUUAUCCUUGUCGGAGAACAGCAUUUCCCAUAUUUCCAAUCUAUCUCACCUGAUUCAUCUCAAGCAACUGUUUCUACACAAGAAUCACAUAGGAGGGUUGCCGCAUUGUGAGAUGUACCUACCUACCAGUCUGGUCACUCUCACCCUGGCAGCCAACAACUUGACUGAUCUCAAUCAUGUUUCUCACCUGGUACGGUUGGUCAACCUGAGGGAGUUCUCCAUUGCUGGCAACCCUUGCGUCUCCAUGACUGGCACACCUGUAGGGUUUGACUAUCGACCCUUUCUCAUCAAUUGGUGUAUGGGGCUGAAGGUUAUUGAUGGCUACGCAGUAGAUGAUAUCGAAAGCUUGAAAGCGGAAUGGCUGUAUAGCCAAGGCAGAGGUCGCCAGUUUCGUGUUGGGGAGCAAGAUGCUCUGGUAAUGUACCUAACAGAGACCUGCCCUCUGACUCAUCAUCAGCUGGAGACUGAGCAUGAACGCAAGCUGAGGCUCAUCCUCAGCAAAGCUCAGCAUCAUCAGCAGCAGCUGCUACGUCAGGAGAAACCUCAUCAUGGAAAAGGAGGGAGAGGCAAGCCGCUGAAGCCCAACAUGAGCGAGUUGAUGACUCGUAGCCUAGACCCGAGCCUACUAGACUCCUGCACAACUCACACUCAAGAAUCUGACACCGAGGUCUUGCUAAGUCAGUCAAUGCACUGCCCACCAUCACUCCCCACCUGUCUGCCAAUCCCAGCACCACUACCAGCAGCCACCCAGCUAGUGCCGGUACCAGAGAGUUUGGUCAGUCCCUCUGUGGCUACACCCCCGGCACCUCUCGGACCAAAACUGACGACCAUCAGGAGCCGGGCUCAGGAGAAGCGAGACAAGAAAGUUGAUCAAGAGUUGGAGAAGGCAGCCAUCUGCAUACAGAAGGUGUGGAGAGGAUACCAUACUCGCACAUCAGACCGUCGAGUACUCUCUGCGUACCAACAGAUACAGACUCUACGUACAAACCAGUACAUCAAGAAGUUGUCAGAAGACAUGCAAGCUACUAGGGAAGCAUUAGACAAUGAGCACAAGAUGCAGUUACUGCAGAUGCAAGCCAUCAACGCUCUAUGGAAAAAGGUUGUGAGUCUACAGCCCAGAACAGAAGGAGGAGAUGUCCGGGACCUUACAGAGACCUGCUCUAGGCUCAAUGCACAGGUGCAGCAGUUGCAAGAGUCGAUGCAGGAGGUGUUACGUUGUGUGAGUCCCAGUCACCCGGCCACAGGCAGCACCACAGCCACACAGACAGACAUUGUGGCUGUACACACCCCACAGGAGCCGCACCCCCCGCGCCCCUCGUCUCUACCUCUCCCUCCACCACCUCUGACACAGUACGCCGACUGUCUGGUGGACGGAGUCAUCAAGACAACCGUCAAGGAACAGGAACAACCCCUGGAGGCAGAGACUACUCACGUCAGUUAAAACUGACCACCCGGCACCCUCUACUGAGUAGAGCGUAUUUGUUACUGUGAGCCCAAAAAGGUCUGUUUAAAUAAUAUCCUUAAAGGGUUGAAAAAAAAUAUACUUCAGGUCACUUGCGGGUUUGUCUUGUUAAUUAAUCUGUGUUUAAUGCAGUGACAAAAAUUCAUAUGUAUACAUCAGUGAGGGUUUACUGUAUCGAUAUAUGAAGACAAAAAUUAACUAACUGCCUCAGGUUUGUUCGUAAGUUUAAAUUUCUGGAAUUACUAAUUUGUUUGUUUUAUGUACUCAAUCCUACUGAUAGUCUUUGCUAUACAAGGUAGAUAUGUUCUUACAAAGUGCAUCAGAGAAAUGUGAGGAUUAAUUUUAUAGACAGCCGCCAUCAGAAAAAACUAUUUGUAACCCUUGCUGGAAGAAAUUCUGCUUUAUAUUUGUGUUUUUUACAACUGACAGAACUAAGGGAUGUUGAUUUAUUUUUACUAAAUACAGAACUGAACUCACGUAAAAACUUGGUGAAAUCAUUAAUCAAAUGAAUCAUAAAAUUAUAUGUGAACUCGCUUAACACAUUGAGCGCGAGUGACGGGCCGGCCCGCCAUGCGCAGUUGGCACACCAAUUGUCUGGCGGGCGCGCGCGUCAUGUUAGCAUUGCAACAACCUUGUUUCAAUGUGAGCUACGCCAUUGCCAGGGAACGUUGUAAUUGUUACCAGCCUUGUAGCUUAGAAUGCGAGCUUUAUUCUGGUGUAGGUUGGUACUAAAAUUUACCGUAAAAUCCCGUCUGGCAAUGCUUUUGUCCCGUUUUCGGAGCAGAUUUUCUCUAUUCGAGCCAUAUUACGAAGACUCUGAUUAUUGAUCCAGGCAGUGCUGCUACCUUUGGGUGUUUCAGUGAACUACGUCCACUAUCGGGGUAACGCAGAACAAUCACCCCUGGCUGCUCUUUUGUGAUUCGUCUUACUGAGAUAUUUCAAUGCCAAUAGCGAUCACUGAUUCAGUCAGGGCUCCGCCCGGGCCUCGCCGCCAUUGGCGAGCGCCUGUUUAAAGGUUUUCAGUGCUCAAUGUGUUAACCAGGACUGUAUAGUGAAGACUACCUGGAUUUUAAGACUAAUUUGGGAGGUUUUUGUCCAGCAAGUUGUUAAUCUCAGUCAGUACAAAAUGUUCCUACAACUGUUCAAAUUUAACAUUAAAGGAUGAAUAUAAUUUACCAAAGAAAUUUAUCUAAUGAUAAGUUUAUAUAUGUUUUUUUCAAAAUUGUUUCCAUAUAGUAUUACUUGUGUAAGUUAUCAACUAGUAGCAUAAUGAAAUAAGCUAA